UCAUCAGCAGUUUCUUGAUGUUUGGAAAGUUCUGAGACCCACCCUGUUGUACUACUUGUGAACAGUGCCUAAGACUGCAAAAACCUGUGUGUGGAAGAAUCUUUCCUUGAAGGAAGCGUCCAUCUCAAUACUGUGGAAACUCCGUGCAAGCCUUGCAAGACAAGGAGAGUGAUCUGUGCUUCUGUUGACAGUCGUGUGUAAUCUCUGCUUCUUAUGCACUCCAGCACCCCUAUCAGUUCCUUGUUCUCCUUCACCAGCCCUGCAGUGAAAAGGCUGCUGGGCUGGAAACAAGGAGAUGAAGAGGAAAAGUGGGCAGAAAAAGCUGUUGAUUCCUUGGUGAAGAAGUUAAAGAAGAAAAAAGGUGCCAUGGAAGAACUAGAAAGAGCUCUGAGCUGCCCAGGUCAGCCCAGUAAAUGUGUCACGAUCCCACGUUCCUUGGAUGGGCGGCUGCAGGUGUCUCACCGCAAGGGGCUUCCCCACGUCAUAUACUGCCGAGUGUGGCGCUGGCCUGAUUUACAAUCUCACCAUGAGUUGAAACCUCUGGAAUGUUGUGAGUUCCCGUUUGGCUCAAAACAGAAAGAAGUGUGCAUUAACCCCUACCACUACCGGCGGGUGGAAACCCCAGUCCUACCUCCUGUACUCGUUCCAAGACACAGCGAAUUUAACCCUCACCUCAGCCUCCUCGCCAAGUUUCGAAACACUUCUUUGCACAGUGAGCCGCUGAUGCCGCACAAUGCCACCUAUCCCGAUUCUUUCCAGCAUCCUCCAUGCACCCCUUUUCCAUCAUCACCCAGCCACAUGUUCUCCCAGUCGCCUAACAGCAUCAGCUACCCCAACUCACCAGGAAGCUCUUCUGGACCAGGAAGUCCCUAUCAGCUCACGGUGGAAACUCCACCCCCACCUUACCAUGCAAGAGAACCUCCAGGAAACCACAAUGGGCGGUCAAUGGAUGCAAUAGCUGAAAGUCAACUAGUGCUGUCUUUGCCCAAUGGAGGUAAAUCUGCCGAUGGAGAAGCUGAAAACUUUCGACCUGUUUGCUAUGAGGAACCCCAACACUGGUGCUCAGUUGCCUACUAUGAACUCAACAACCGGGUAGGGGAGACUUUCCAGGCUUCCUCUCGAAGUAUCCUUAUAGAUGGAUUUACAGAUCCCUCAAAUAACAAAAACAGAUUCUGCCUGGGACUGCUCUCAAAUGUAAACCGCAACUCUACUAUAGAAAACACCAGGAGACACAUAGGAAAAG